AUGACGGUCAUCAUCACUGUCGCCAUUGCCGUUACCGUCACCGUCACCGCCCUCGGCAAGGGCGAGGUACCUGCACCUCAUAGAUCAGUGAGAGAUCAUAUCCGGCGGACGAGGCUUCUGUUCUGCACGACGAGGACUCCAAGAGAACAUGUAUGCGGCUCCCGCUCCCCGAAUCUCAAAUUCAAAUUCAACUUCAACUCCAACGAUGUGAAGAGGUCUCGUUGGAGGAAGAUGCCGGGACCGUAUCUUCCCACAAAGAUUGCUAUCAUACAAUUUCCGCAGCAGGAUGCCGACAGCACACUUGGAUUUGAGCACCGUCGUUGCGCUGCCACACCGCGCCGAGCACCGCAGAUGCAGCUCAUGAAUUAA